UUAAGAUUAGAUCUGCUGCGGCUGGUGCGCGUGUGUCUGCGUUGCGAGCGUCGUCGUUUCGAUUCGAUUCCCUCUCUCCCUCUCUUUUUCCCUCUCUCUUUCUCUCUCUAUCUCUCUCCCUCUCCCUCUCUCUCUCUCUCUCCCCACACUCACUCUCUUACUCUCACUCUGCUUGCUCUGCUCACUCUGCAUGCUUCUUCCCUCGCUCUGAUUCCGCCGAAGGGAGUGGUGUUGUCGGAAGCCAAUCGAAUCUCAGAUCUCGGUGAUCAGAAUGGUGGAUCCAAGUGGAAAAGGAUCGGAGGGUGAGGACUCAAACCCUAACGCGCCUUCCUCGGGGAACAGUCCCAGCAGCAACAAUGAGCAGAAGAAAACCUGCGCCGAUUGCGGCACCACCAAGACUCCACUCUGGAGGGGAGGUCCGGCAGGGCCUAAGUCUCUGUGCAACGCCUGCGGGAUCAGAAGCAGGAAGAAGAAGAGAGCGAUUCUCGGGAUAAGCAAGGGGAGCAACGAGGAUGGGAGGAAGGGGAAGAAGAGUGGCGGCGCCGGUGCCGCCGCUCUCGGUGGUGGCGCGUUGGGGAGGGAGGUCUUGUUGCAUCGAUCGCAUUGGAAGAAGCUCGGGGAGGAAGAAAAAGCUGCGGUGCUUUUGAUGUCGCUCUCGUAUGGAUCCGUUUAUGCCUGAACCAAAUUCAAUCAUUUUAUUGAUGUAGAAGAUGCAGAAGAAGAAUUAUUAAGGAGAAAUCUAGAUUUUGUUUUAGGAUGUUCCCCCCCUAACCUUUUCCGAAUUGUAUAUGUUUUAGUUUUCUUCUCUAUUGAGUGAUUGAGUGUGUGGGUUGGUUGUCAACAGUUGUAAGAAAUGAAAUCAUUCAAGUCCAAUUUUGGUAAUAUAGUUAGUCCUCUAUUUCUCAAA